AUGAUGCGCGGCGUGUCGCCGUUUGCACGGAGUCAGCGGCCAUUGAUGCGCGACCGGAACGUUCGGCGCGACGAGCGUGUGCGAUAUUCUGCGGGUGGUGGGAACGCGGAACACAUCGCAGAAGGCGGCGAACACAUUGAAUGGUUCGCUGGAUUGUACCUUCGUUCGGGUCUGAAGGUGCUGCGCGAGCUCGGUUUGGGUACCUUCGGGUGUGUGCUGGAGUGUUUGGACGAAGACCGCGGUCAGCACCUGGCCGUCAAGGUCAUCAAGAACGGCACCGAGUAUAAAGAGGCCGCCGAGUACGAAGCCGAAAUCCUCCGCAUCAUCUACAAUCACAACAACAAACCUACUCGCGCUGGCAGCGCUAUUGAGAAUAUCGGCCAACACAAAAACUUGGUUCUCGCUGACUUGCCCUCCCCCAACGGGACACCGGGCGCCGACGAGGCACUGGGCGGCAGUGGCGACGCAGACCUUAAUGACUCUGACGCGGCGCUGAAGGACGCGGGGUCGGCGGAUGGGGGGCCGACGGAUGUGGGACUGAAGGACGCGGGACUGAAUGAUGCGGAUCCCGCCGACAGGGAACCGGAAUCGGUCACCGCUGGCGAAGUGGACGAGAAAAAGAAAUCUACAAACCAAAAUUGCAUUGUACUCUACGACUGGUUCAUAUACGAGCACAAGCAUAUGUGCCUCGUCACCGAGAAGCUCGGCCCAUCUUUGUACCAGUUCAUGUACAGAAACAAUAUGAGGCCCUUCCAAUUAAAAGAUAUACAGGUAAUUGCAAAGGACAUAUUAUCAUGUUUAGUGUUUCUCAAAGAACUCGGACUCACACACACUGACUUGAAACUAGAGAAUGUUCUUUUCGUGGAUCCUGAACUUCCAGACGACAUUCCUGUGAGGAGCGGCGGCACUUGGAAAGACUACCAGCAACCAAACAACGCUCAUGUCAAAGUUGCAGACUUUGGCGGAGCAACCUUUGCUAGAGAUGAGCACUGUCCACUAAUCAACACAAGACAAUAUAGAGCCCCAGAGGUCAUCUUGAAUUUGGGAUGGAAUGAAAGUUCUGAUAUGUGGUCCUUCGGCUGCAUUGUGUUUGAGUUAUAUGCUGGACAAUUGUUGUUCAGGACGCACGAUCACUUGGAGCACCUGCAUUUGCUCGAGCGAUACAUCGGACGGAUCCCAAGCCACAUGCUGAAGAGGGCCUCCAACACACGCGGCUGUGAGUACGUGAAGCGUUACAAUCAGCAGAAAUGCUUCCUUAGACCGCUCACUCGCGAUCUGGGCAGAAGACCCGCGUUCGCUGGUGGAUCCAUCAUUGAGCAGCUGGACUGCGGCGUUGAAGAAUUCAAUUCUUUCGUCUGCAAGAUCCUCACCAUUGACCCCGAUAGACGACCCACCCCACGGGAAAUGAUGGACCACCCCUUCCUGCACAUGACUCUAUAG